CCGAGACCUCCCAGCACCCACCGGGCACCCAGCACCCACCGAGACCACCCAGCACCCCCCGGGCACCCAGCACCCACCGAGACCACCCAGCACCCCCGGGCACCCAGCACCCCCCGGGCACCCAGCCAGCGCCAUGAGCUCCCAGAUCCGCCAGAACUACGACCCCGAGAGCGAAGCCGGCACCAACCGCCUGGUGAACCAGCUGCUGCGAGCCAGCUACAGCUUCCAGUCCCUGGGGUAUUUCUUCGACCGGGACGAUGUGGCGUUGGCCCAUUUCUCCGAGUUCUUCCGGCACCUGGCGGGCGAGAAGCGGGAACAGGCCGAACGGAUGCUGGGUUUCCAGAACCGCCGGGGGGGCCGCAUCCUCCUGCAGGCCAUCCAGAAACCGGAGCAGGACGAGUGGGGGAACGGGGCGGCCGCCAUGGACUUCGCCCUGAAGCUGGAGAAAACCAUCAACCAGGCGCUGCUGGACCUGCACAAGGUGGCCACGAGCCACGCGGACCCACACAUGUGCGAUUUCCUGGAGACCCACUACCUGGACGAGGAGGUGAAGCUCCUCAAGAAGCUGGGCGACCACGUGACCAACCUGCGGCGUGUCGGGGCGGCCGAGGGGGGGCUGGGCGAGUAUCUCUUCGACCGGCUCACCCUGCACGACAGCAGCUGAGCCCUGAGCUGCCCGCGGCGCCGGCCCUUUAAAUCCUGCUGCCCAGCUGGGCCGGAGCCCCCCCCUGCUGAUCAUGGGGUACGCGCCCCCUCACCCCGCCUGCCAAUCACGGGGUGACCCAGCCCCUCCAAAGUCUGUAACUGGCAUUGAAUAAAAGCUUGGCAUUAGCACUCA